AUGACAAUGCUUAAGAACAAACGCAUAACCUUUUCACUGAUCUUCGUGUGUCUCGUGAUGGUGUCUCCAAUGGCUAAGGCUCAGCUGCUUGGUGGUCUAGGUGCCUUCUCGGUGGUGGGGGCUUCUUGGUGGUGGAGGUGGUGGUGGUGUCCUUGGAGGAUUUUAGGUCUCAUCAAUAUUCAAGGCGUACUUCGUUGCUCUGCCAAUGGCAAUGUCUCCGCUCCUGCUUUCGUUAAUGCCGGCGUUCAGCUCCAGUGCGGAGGACAGAACAACGUCGUUUCAACGGCGACUACAAACGGUGCCGGAUUAUUCUCGAUGCUUGUAAACCCAAUACAGCUUGUGCUUUCUCAACUCCUCUCCGAUUGUCAGGUCGCAGUCACAACCCCUCUCGCCACCUGCAACGCCGCACUUCCUACCGGCCAACUCCUCUCAUCACCGUUGGCCCUCGUCGGAGAAACCGUCUCUGGUCUCCUCCGCGUCGCCAACCUCCGCCCCACUGGCUUUACCCUCGCUAAUUAGUGA